GCGCGCACCAAAUGCACUCCGCGCCGCAUCGCUUGCUGGUUUGCCACCAUCUCCUCCUCAUCUGCCGCCGCCCGAUCGGUCGACUUUGAUCCCAUCACGAGGUUCUCGUUCGUCUCUAAAACUCUCCUUCUUCCGAGGCAUUCCGUAGAUUCAGAAAACCGAUUGAUCUUUGGCUCCGGGAUUCCAAGAUCUGGAUUAGGGUUGCAAGAUACGUGUUACUUGACCGAUUACGAUGGCCGGUAGAGCUCAGAUUCGAACUAAUAACUCCGCCCUUAUUGCUAUGAUUGCUGAUGAGGACACUAUAACUGGGUUUUUGCUUGCUGGAGUUGGCAAUGUUGAUUUGAGAAGAAAGACAAACUACCUUGUUGUGGACUCAAAAACGACUGUGAAAGCAAUCGAGGAUGCUUUUAGAGAGUUCACCACCAAGGAAGACAUUGCCAUAGUGCUGAUCAGCCAAUAUGUUGCAAAUACGAUAAGAUUUCUUGUGGAUGGCUACAACAAGCCUGUUCCUGCAAUUUUAGAGAUUCCUUCAAAAGAUCACCCAUAUGACCCAACACAUGAUUCUGUUCUUUCUCGUGUGCGGUACUUGUUCUCAUCUGAAUCAGUUGCAUCGGGAAGGCGCUGAAAUGUCUGUGUUGCAUGUCUUUGCUUUACUAUUUGCAAUUGGAUUUUUUUUGUUUAACAAUCGUAACAAGUUUCCUUUCUUGUAUGAAGAAAUAGUGUAUGUCCCACCAUGGAAAUCUUCUCGUAGAUAUCCUUAAAAGGAUAUUGGAAUGAGCAGGUUUCAUUUUGGUGCUUGGUAUCUCAAGUGGUAUGUUAUUCCAUCUCCAAAGAUUGCAUUAGUCUUUCAUCAAUUGCACUGAGUCUAUAAACUUAAAUGUCGGCCUUCUUCUUUA